AUAAAGUUCAUUACCUGACUCCAUUAUCAAUCCAUCUUCCUUUUCUUUGUCUCCUUUUCUGAAGUCACCAGGAAAUGUUUGAUCAAAGCAUGCUCAGAAUCAAGUUAGUUAAAACUCUAGAAAAUCUUUGUGUUUAUUUUCCAUUUAAAGGUUUUAUAUUUCCACUGUCAUCUCUGCCCUAAAAGAGGUGUAGGGAGCAGAAAGAGGUGGUAAUAGAAAGGAUACUCCUUGGAAGCAGGAGUGCUACUGCAUUCUUCCCCGGAUGUCAGACUCAGCCAAGAAGCAGCUAAUUUGGAAAUAGUGAGGCCAUCUUAACUCUGUACAAUCUGGGCAGGUCAGCGUGGACAGAAAAAACUGUACUUUGCAGCUGGAAGUUUCGUGGGAGGGUAAAAAAAUGUGAGGUGCAGGGAGAGAGCUGCCCGAAUCAGAAACUCCCUGAAGCUUCUCCGCCGAAGGAGGAAGGUGCAUUUGGCCCGGCAAGCUCCAAGGUGAAACCGCCUAGGUCGCGGCUGCCAAGUGAACUGCAGCGGCGGUCCGCGCAGCUGGGGAGGUGCGGAGGUGGGGCGGAGGAGCCUUCGGAGCCUGUCAACCCAACUCUCCCUCGGCAGCUGACCUCAGACUUGGAGGUCGCAGAGGAGGCUGUUCCUGCUAGUCAAGUACCGCACGCAAAACUUCCACCUGCUGAGGAUCCAUGGGUUACCAGGGGCAGAGGCCGGCCAUCCUGCCACAGAGUGAUCUAGAUGACAGAGAAAACCUGGUUUCUGAACACAGCCACAAAGGGAAAGCUUGUCGCCAGUCUGCUGCUGUUUUUAAUGUUGUCAACUCAAUUAUAGGAUCUGGUAUAAUAGGAUUGCCUUAUUCAAUGAAGCAAGCUGGCUUUCCUCUGGGAAUAUUGCUUUUAUUCUGGGUUUCAUAUGUUACAGACUUUUCCCUUGUUUUAUUGAUAAAAGGAGGGGCCCUCUCUGGAACAGACACUUACCAGUCUUUGGUCAAUAAAACUUUCGGCUUUCCAGGAUAUCUCCUACUCUCUGUUCUACAAUUUUUGUAUCCUUUCAUAGCUAUGAUAAGUUACAACAUAGUAACUGGAGACACUUUGAGCAAAGUUUUCCAAAGACUCCCUGGAGUUGAUCCUGAAAACUUGCUUAUUGGUCGCCAUUUCAUUAUUGUGCUUUCCACCAUUGCCUUUACUCUGCCUCUGUCCUUGUAUCGAGAUAUAGCAAAGCUUGGAAAGAUCUCUCUUAUUUCUACAGUUUUAACAACUCUAAUUCUUGGAAUUGUAAUGACAAGGGUAGUUUCACUGGGUCCACACAUACCAAAAACAGAAGAUGCCUGGAUAUUUGCAAAGCCCAAUGCCAUUCAGGCUGUUGGUGUGAUGUCAUUUGCAUUUAUUUGCCACCAUAACUGCUUCUUAGUUUAUGGUUCUUUGGAAGAACCCACAGUAACUAAGUGGUCCCACAUCAUCCAUGUGUCCACAUCGAUUUCUGUAUUUAUCAGUAUUCUCUUUGCUACAUGUGGAUACCUGACAUUUACUGGCUUCACCCAAGGAGACUUAUUUGAAAAUUAUUGUAGAAAUGAUGACCUGGUGACAUUUGGAAGGUUUUGUUAUGGCAUCACUGUCAUUUUGACAUACCCGAUUGAAUGCUUUGUGACUAGAGAGGUAAUUGCCAAUGUGUUUUUCAGUGGGAAUCUUUCAUCAGUUCUCCACAUUAUCAUAACAGUGGCUAUCAUUACUGUAGCCACACUUGUGUCAUUGCUGGUUGAUUGCCUUGGAAUAGUUUUAGAGCUCAAUGGUGUGCUCUGCGCAGCUCCCCUAAUUUUUAUCAUCCCAUCAGCCUGUUAUCUGAAACUGUCUGAAGAACCAAGGACGCACUCAGAUAAGAUUAUGUCCUGUGUCAUGCUUCCCAUUGGUGCUGUGGUGAUGGUUGUGGGAUUCGUCAUGGCCAUUACAAAUCCUCAAGACUGCACCCAUGGGCAGGAAAUGUUCUACUGCUUUUCUGACAAUUUCUCCCUCACAAACAUCUCAAUUUCUCAUUUUCAACUGACAACACAACUUUCAAUUUUAAACAUCAGUAUCUUUCAAUGAGUUGAACUGCUUUAAGAAAUAUGUAUUUUUCAUAGACUUCUAAACACAUAACAUUCAUAUGUUUUAAUCUCUAUAUUAUAAAAAUUAUCCCUUUGACAUUUAUCAAGACUUGGUUUUCUUUACUCUUUAGUACAGUAUGAAAGAUAAAAAGGAAAAGGAAAUUGAAUAUAUUAUAUCUUAAACUGGGACAAAAUAAAUGUUUUGUUUUGA